CGGUGUGUGUGUGACGACGUUCGACAGCUUCGUUUGGCGUGGAUUUUUGCGAUGUGUCUUGCGUGUGUUCGCUUGAUUUGUUUUCAACAUGCGUGCUGAGUGGUAAGGUGUACGAAAUCUGCCGCGCAGUCUUCAACGCAUUGAUACGACCGACGGAUCCCAUUUGCCUUCAAAGUGCACCAGCAGCUUUUGAUUCACUACUUUGGACCACCGAGGUGAAAUGGCAGAUUCGGAUCCUUCCGACACACCUACAACUGGCAACGAAGUUGUGAGCAGUGGUAUUCCUUCGUCUACUGACGCGUUGGAGGAAGCUUGCACUAGUGCCGACGACAAAAGUGAAGUCACAACACCGCUUCCUCAAAUGCCGAGGGAAAACCUUAUCGCCACUGCCGUGAACUUCCUUGAAAACCCGCGCGUUCAAGGCAGUCCGCUUUCGCAGAAACGAGCCUUCUUGCUCAAGAAAGGUUUGACAGCUGAGGAAAUCGAUGAGGCCAUAGAAAGGGCGAGGAUUGGGAAACCAAACACUGUAGCCCAGCAUGGGCUGGUCCCCUACCCUUCGUCGCCACCCCAGCUACCUCCACCUCCACCACCUCAUUUGUUACAGCCAGAAUACUCUAUCUGGUCCCACCUGAGCCAUGUUUCUUCGUCGAUCGUGAUAGUUGGGGUUGCCUCCUAUGGCGCUUACUACAUGUACAAGAGGUAUAUAGAGCCAUACCUGAGAGGCUGGGAUGGUCCAAGAUCCAAACCGGACCGGCUGUCUCAAGUCCAGGAACAAAUCGGUGCCCUCACCGAAGCCAUCCAGCAACUGAGGGAGGCAGUUGCAUCUCUCGAGUCGGCUGUUGCUGAAGAUAGGAGGCUCCGUAAGCCAGCUGCCCUGGACUCUGCGAAACAGGAUCGUACCAUCUCGGAGCUCAAAUCCGAGGUCUUGUCGGUCAAGGCUUUGCUGCUGAGCAGGAAUCAGUUUCCGAGCGCGCCAAAAGUGACUCCCCCUGUGCCUAGCAUUCCCACCUGGCAACUCUCCAGCAACGGUGCUGAAAAGGCAGAAAACGGUGCCGCUUCUGAGUCCAGCGAAUCCGAAGAGAGCGAGGAACAAAGUUCAAAAAGCGCAAAGGAACCCAUGGAAUCAAGAAAAGAGGAGGUGCUCCAUAAUAGGCCAACAGGCUUGGCUUGAUGAUAAUGUUUUUAACGCUAUACAAUCGAAGUAUGUGCAUCUGGCUAUGCAAUUCGAUACAGGAAUCGUUUAUUAAUGACCUCACUCAAUGUAUACUGUACGGGUUGAUUGGAGGCUGACAUGUGCGGCAUCUCUUGGCAAUAAAUAAACUGGCAGCACGUUUUGA